UCAUUGUUUUUAAUCAAUUCGUGUUUGAGUGUCAAAGCGACAAGAACAUGCUGAGAUCGAGGAUUUUAGGGCUCCGCAGGGUCAUUUUUGCGGUACCUCAAGUUGCUGUACCACGUUUGACUCCCGUUAGGACAUAUAAAAUCAAACAGCCAUGUGACGCUCACAUGAACGAACUGCCUAUCCCGUGCGGGCCGUGGCAGCCCUGGUACGACGCGAAGCAAAGCUUCUACAACAAGAUCCUCAUAGGCGGAGUACUGUGGUUUCUGUUCUCGUUCGCCAUGAUGAUAAUGACCGACAGCAUUUAUUUGCACUUCGCUCCGCCCUCGCACCCCGGCCCUCCCAGCGACAUGGUGCAGGACUGCGAAGAUGAAUAGCUAAAAUAUAACUUGUGACCUCA